AUGGCAGUGGAGAAAUACAAAAAUUGGGCAAAACCACCGGAAGAGACCCCAAACCCUUUCAACUGAAACCCCCUCUCUCUCUCUCUCACACACACACACACACACACACUCACUCAAAUGUCGCUCUCUCGUCACCUAUUCCGGCGAGGCCCCUCCGAAUCCGCCGUCUUCCGUCACUUCUCCACCGCCCACACAUCGGGAUCCUCACUCGCCCACCGCCACCAGCAUGAAUUCGACCCUCCAAGCUCCUACAUAAACUCCUGGAAGCCGCCGCGAAACCCCAAGGAAGCCGCCAGGCAGUUGGCCUUGCUCCGCCGCGAUUACGACCGCAAAGUGAAAGAAAUCCGCAAGGAGUACAUCAAUGAAAUGGAGCUCCAGAGAUUCGAGAAAUUGCGGAAGGACGAGGCUAGAAAAGAGGCGCUGCGCAUCGCCAACGAAGAGAGGAGACUGGCGAAGGAUGCGAAGAAGAAGGCAGAGGCCAUCGAGAGACAGGCCGCUGAGGAAGAGUUCCGGCAGAUGUUGAUGAAAGAAAGAGCAGAGAAGCUUGAGUAUUGGAGGAUGAGAGAGAAGAAGAUUGAGGAGCUAAAGAAAGAGAAGAAAGAUCUUUUGCGUAAGCAAAGUUCAAAGUGGAUUGAUGAAGCUGAACUAGUGAAGACGGCGAUGAAUAGUGUGAUUACCGAUGUUCCAAUCGGAUUCCCAUUUAUGAAGUAGUGGAGAAAUCAUGCAUUAGUACUAGGGAAGUCUUCUGAAUUUUCAUUUUGGAUUUAAUCCUUAAAUCAUAACAAGCAUAAUUGCUCUGUGUGUUUAUGCAACCAUUUAUAUUUUGGCAUUGAUGCAGUAUUUUCCUA